AUGGACAUGGCCAUGGGCUCCCAUGGCUCCGGCCCAGAGUGCAAAAUCUCGAUGCUGUUUAAUUGGUAUACGGUCGAUGCCUGUUUCCUGUCCACCGGGUGGCAGAUCAAAAACAACGGCAUGUUUGCCGUGACCUGCAUUGGCAUCAUCCUCCUGGUCAUCCUGGUCGAGGCGCUUCGCCGCAUGGGCAAAGAGUACGAUCUCUUCCUGGAGCGGCAGUUCCGGCGCCAAGCCGCUAUUCUGGCUGCCAAGAGAACCGAUUCCGUGACCGGAGGCCACGCGGUGGGGCUCAAGUUUCGAGCGACCCCAUUGCAGCAAUUUGGUCGAUCACUCAUCCACGCCCUCACCUUUGGAGGUGCUUAUAUCGUCAUGUUGUUGGCCAUGUACUUCAAUGUGUAUGUGAUUAUUUGCAUCUUUGUCGGCGCGGGACUGGGCAAAUUUUUCUGUGACUGGAUGGUAGUGACCAUCGGGGAUGAAACGCACCUCGAGCCCAAGGGUGUGGAGGAGACCACGGUAUGCUGCGGAUGA